UCUACAAUAAGAAAUAGCUAAAGCUAAGGAAACUUUAAAUGUUAUAACAAGCUGUGUAGGAUGCUAAAUCUGGCCGUAUUGUGAUAUGUUUUACGAGCUUGUAAACAAUAUACGCUUAGGUACAAUACGAAACGUUUACAUAUGAGGAAUUCUUUAAACAGGCUGGUAUCAGUGUGGUAACUAGCUAGCUAGCUAAUGUCAGAGUAACAUUAAAGCUCGUAAGUAAAUAAUGGUUAGUAUAAAUGCAGACUGUAAUCUGAUAGUAACUAACUAGGCGUCCACUAGGUACAACAUGGGGCGAAAGAAACAAGGUAAAUUUGUGCGCUCUGACAACAAGGGCAAAGAUAAACGGCAUAAAAUGAAGGGGAAAUCCUUAGAUGCCUUUACAGAAGAAAUGCACUCUGCUUUUGAAGCCAGUCUUCAUCUAGAAGAAGGAGCAGAGGCCCCGCAGGUUAAACUGCCUUGUCCACUCGCCAUGUGGGAGUUGGGACACUGUGAUCCUAAGCGUUGUACAGGCAGAAAACUAGUACGCAAAGGCUUUGUACGCAACCUGCGCCUCAACCAAAGAUUUAAUGGACUUAUUCUGAGUCCAAUGGGCAUAAAGUAUGUGACGCCAGCAGACAGGAAGAUUGUGGCUCAGAAUGGGAUAGCAGUGAUUGAUUGUUCCUGGGCCAAAUUGGAGGAAACACCCUUCAAUAAGAUGGUCGGAGCUCAUCCCAGGUUACUGCCGUACCUCGUAGCUGCAAACCCUGUCAACUAUGGCAAGCCUUGCAAGUUAUCUUGUGUUGAGGCUUUUGCUGCCACAUUCUGCAUUGUAGGUUUUGAAGAACUGGGAGUGCUCCUGUUGAAGAAAUUCAAGUGGGGGACAGUGUUCCUGGAGCUCAACAAAGCUCUGCUGGAUCGCUAUGCUUCAUGCCAGUCAGAGGAAGAGCUGCUUUCUGUGGAGAAGGAGUUUCUCACGUCUAAACCAGAGGAGGAGGUGUUUGAUCCUUUUGAUGUUAACUCAGGAGUAGAAUGUAGGAAUCUCAACAGACCUCAGUGUCCACCAGAAGACGACGAUUCCGGUGAGGAUACAGACACCUCAGAGGAUAAUGAAGAUGAAGCAGAUGAAAAAACUGGAAGCAACAAAGAGCUAAGAACAUUGUCACAUCAUCAGGAUGAAGAUGAGACUUAAAGUCAUCACAGAAAAGCAUAUUUCAGUUAUGGAUGCUUUCAAUACAAGGACAAGCAUAACUUAAAAAAAAAACAACCUCAGUACACCUUCAUAAACUGAAAGUUAUUUGGGGCUCUCUGGUUUUGUAUCCAAAAAAAUUGUAAAUCACACAAUAAAUUGUGUUUUCUAUGUCA